UGAACUCGAACAGCCUGGUUAUAUAAAUAGGUGAAGAGGGGCAGCAAGCACCUCUUGCACUUUCUUGUAGAGCGCGACGCACCGGCCAGUCUUCGCCGAGCGCCAUGGCUCGACACGCGUACCUGUGUUUGGGGGUAUUACUGCUCGCCUAUUCUGUAAUCAACGCGACAAGAGUAAAACGCCAGGAAGACGAUGGCGGAGAUGAGGUGAAUCCGGAACAGCUUUGCGAUGGCCGUCCCGCUGAUGAAUACUUCCGACUGACCACAGAAGGCGAUUGCCGUGAUGUCGUGAGGUGUGACAAAGGAGGUGAAAAUGGAGUGACCAGGCUCGCUUCAGUGCGUUGUCCCGGCGGACUGGCGUUUGAUAUCGACCGUCAAACAUGUGACUGGAAAACCCAUGUUAAGAAUUGCGAUAAAAUAGAAAAACCAAGAAAAAUUUUACCAAUCCUGAAGACCGAUGAACCUAUCUGUCCUGAAGGAAAACUGGCAUGUGGUAGUGGUGACUGCAUCGAAAAAGAGUUAUUCUGUAAUGGAAAACCUGAUUGCAAGGAUGAGUCGGAUGAAAAUGCUUGCACUGUCGAUGUAGACCCUAACAGAGCUCCAGAUUGUGACACAAACCAAUGCAGACUACCUGACUGUUUCUGUUCUGCUGACGGUACUCGUAUUCCUGGCGGAAUUGAGCCCAACCAAGUGCCCCAGAUGAUUACUAUUACUUUUAACGGUGCCGUUAACGUUGAUAACAUGGAUUUAUAUGAUCAGAUAUUCAAUGGCAAUCGUCACAAUCCUAAUGGUUGUCAAAUUCGUGGAACAUUCUUCGUUUCACACAAAUAUUCAAACUACGCAGGAAUUCAAGAAUUGCAUCGCAAAGGACAUGAAAUUUCAGUUUUCUCAAUAACUCACAAAGAUGAUCCACAAUACUGGACCAGUGGCAGCUACGAUGACUGGUUAGCUGAAAUGGCGGGUGCACGUCUUAUUAUUGAACGUUACGCAAAUAUUACUGAUGCUUCUAUCAUUGGUGUCCGAGCACCAUAUCUGCGUGUCGGAGGAAACAAACAAUUCGAAAUGAUGGCUGAUCAAUACUUCGUAUAUGACGCUUCUAUUACAGCUCCUUUAGGUCGUGUUCCUAUUUGGCCUUACACGCUAUACUUCCGUAUGCCACAUAAAUGUAACGGUAACGCUCAUAACUGCCCUUCAAGGAGUCAUCCAGUGUGGGAGAUGGUAAUGAAUGAACUGGACAGAAGAGAUGACCCAACCUUUGAUGAAUCGUUACCUGGUUGUCACGUAGUUGACUCUUGUUCCAACAUUCAAACUGGUGACCAGUUCGCGCGUCUUUUACGUCACAACUUCAACCGUCACUACUCUACCAACCGUGCUCCUCUAGGUCUUCAUUUCCACGCCUCAUGGCUUAAAUCAAAGAAGGAAUUCAGAGACGAGCUUAUCAAAUUCAUUGAGGAGAUGCUAGAAAAGAACGAUGUUUAUUUCACUUCUCUUAUUCAAGUUAUACAAUGGAUGCAAAACCCAACCGAAUUAUCGCAACUUAGAGAUUUCGCAGAAUGGAAACAAGAAAAGUGUGACGUCAAAGGCCAGCCCUUCUGCUCUUUACCAAAUGCAUGUCCACUAACAACUCGUGAGCUACCAGGAGAGACGUUACGUCUAUUCACUUGUAUGGAAUGCCCUAACAAUUAUCCAUGGAUUUUAGAUCCUACGGGAGAGGGCUUCAACGUUAGGAAGUGAUCUCUUUAAGUAAAAUUUAAAAGACUGUACACAUGUAAAUAAUACUCAAUAAUAUUAAUAAAUACAAUUUAUUGUGACUGUGUCGCAGGAAGGCAGCUUAUGUAAUUGUUCAAAUAAUACAAAUAAUAAAAUAAGUUUUUCAUAAUUAACUGCAAAUAUACUUAAUCAUAAAAGUUGACGUUUGUUUUAAAUAUUUAAGCAAUACAUAAUAAAUGCCGCUCCACGUUUACCUGCAAAUAUAGAUAAACUUAAUACUUCAUUAUGUUUAGAUUGUUAAAAUCUUUUGAACAAAAAUAAAAAAUAUAAAAUUGGAA